AUGCCCAGAUCCCCACAAUGUUUUAGCUCCUGUCUUCUGGACAUCUCCAGGAGCACAAUAUUGCAACUGUGUGCCAUUCCAAAGCCUUGCAAAUGGUUUGGGGGACUGUGGGCGUCAACUCUUGGAAUCAUGCUCCUUCCUCUUCCGAUACACUGCACGGUCUUUAACGUCGGCCUGGUAGGGCCGUGGGCCUGUGAUUCUUUCUAUGCCAAGGCCUUUCCCCAAGUUGCUGCUAAGGUAGCUAUGGAGCGAAUAAAGAAGGAUCCUUCCGUUAAUUAUCCUCAUCAGCUGGACUGCACAUUACUCGAGGAAGACUGCCAGACCUCUAAAGCUCUAGCUGGAUUCAUUGGCCAUGAAAAACAUUUGUCAGCUUUCAUAGGGCCUCUGAAUCCGGGCUACUGUGACAUGGCCUCUUUGCUAGGCCGGAGUUGGAAUAAAGCCAUAUUUUCCUGGGCCUGCAUAAACGACGAAUUGGACAAUCCAAGUUACCACUCUACUUUUAUAAGGACAUUGCCCUCUCCAACUGGCGUCCUCUUUGCUGUGUUGAAACAUUUUAACUGGGCUCAUGUUGCCAUCAUCUAUUCCAAAGAGGACCUUUGGAUGGACACGGCUAAUAAACUGGCAACCACUCUGAGAAACCACGGGCUGCCUGUAGGCAUUGUUACAUCGACUGGGAAAGGAGACGGAAAUGUGGCAGGGACUUGGGCAAAGAUCCAAGCUGUUGGCAAUGUUAAAGUUAUCAUUUUGUGCAUGCAUUCAGCUCUCAUUGGAGGGGAAGACCAGGCCAGCUUGCUUACCAAAGCCCAGGAAAUGGGGCUGGCAGAUGGGAGAUACGUCUUUGUGCCGUACGACACUCUGUUCUACAGCCUUCCAUACCAAAACCAUUCCUACUUCAUUCUUGAAAAUGACCGCGCGUUCCAGAAAGCUUAUGAUGCAGUGUUGACUAUUACUCUACAGUCUGGGGAGAAAACCUUUUAUGAAGCAUUCGGAGCAGCGAAGCAAAGGGGCGAAAUCACACUGGAUUUGGAACCCGAACAGGUCUCUCCACUCUUUGGCACAAUCUAUGAUGCUAUUUACCUCGUCGCGAAAGCUUUAGCCAAAGCUCAUCAGGAUGGGGUGUCUGAGGUCUUGGGGAAAACACUGACCCAGCACAUAAAAAAUCUUGACUUUGCUGGAUUCAGCCGCAGGAUACAGGCUGAUAGCAAAGGAAGACCUCUGGCCAAAUAUGUUAUCCUAGACACGGAUGGCAGCGGGAGCCACCUCUUCCCUGUCUACUUGCUGGUUACAUCCUCUGGCCUGGUCCAGUCCCUGGGAAGAGCGAUGCACUUUCCUGGAGGAAGCCCGCCCACAGCUGAUUCCAGCUGUUGGUUCAACCCAGAUGUUCUCUGCAUUAGAGGUAAGGAGUGGGUCCAAAUCCUCAUCAUGACCAUCUUCCAUCUGGAAACCUAUGCCCUCACUGUGGGAGGCUUUUAUAUAGGUGAGUCCAUGCAGAGGCAUUUACAGAACUUACAACUCACCAAAGGGUCUAAGAAGUUACUGCUGACUCUGAAUGACCUCACUUUUGUAAACAUCAAACUCAGCAGAAUGAGACUGACUCUGGAUAACUUCAGCGAUUCCAAGAGCAUCUCAGAAGGCCGAAGUUUGAGAUCUGCGACACAUUCCGUGUCAGUGAAAAGCACAACUGUGACAUAUGAAACUUCCAAUGUGGCUGCAUACCAGGGAGACUGCGUAUGGUUGAAGAAAUUGGAAUCUGGAGCAACCAGCCACAUGAGACAGCGGACUGCCUGCUUCUUAAGCGAGAUGAAGGACGUACACCACGAAAAUGUGAACCCAAUUUUAGGCCUUUUAUCCGAUGGGGGCCUCUCUGCCAUUGUGAUGGAGUUCUGCUCCAGAGGAAGCCUGGAGGAUUUGCUGCAAAAUACAGACAUAAAGCUGGACUGGAUGUUCAAAUCAUCUCUGCUGAUGGACUUAAUUAAAGGAAUGAAAUAUUUACACCAUCAAGAUAUUCCCCAUGGGCGUCUCAAGUCCCGCAACUGUGUUGUGGAUGGGCGGUUUGUGUUGAAGAUCACCGACUACGGCUAUGGCAAGCUCGUAGCAACACAGGACACCGUAUGUAUUCAGCUCCCUGCAGAAGAACUGCUCUGGACAGCGCCUGAGUUACUGAGAAAUCCAGCAAUGUUCACAAAAGGCACCCUAAGAGGAGAUGUGUAUAGCUUUGCCAUUAUCCUGCAAGAAGUUGUUCUUCGGGGGGCCCCAUACUGCAUGUCUGAAAUAUCAUCUGAAGAAAUCAUACGCAAGGUGAAGAAGCCUCCGCCCUUGUAUCGCCCGAGUGUUUCUCCAGAAAAUGCCCCCCUGGAAUGUAUCCAGCUGAUGAAGCAAUGCUGGAGUGAAGGACCAGACCGAAGACCGACGUUUGAUGAGAUCUUUCAACAGUUCAAAUCCAUCAAUAAAGGCAAAAGGACUAACAUCGUCGAUUCCAUGCUGCGGAUGCUGGAACAGUAUUCCAGCAACCUGGAAGAACUGAUCAGGGAGCGGACUGAGGAGCUGGAGACUGAAAAGCAGAAGACAGAGAAGCUCCUGACCCAGAUGCUUCCCCUGUCGGUGGCAGAAACACUGAAAACCGGUGCUACCGUUGAACCCGAGUAUUUUGAUGAGGUCACCAUCUACUUCAGCGACAUCAUUGGCUUCACAACCAUCUCUGCCCUCAGUGAGCCCAUUGAGAUUGUGGACCUUCUUAAUGAUCUUUACACUCUAUUUGAUGCUAUCAUUGGCCACCAUGAUGUUUACAAGGUGGAAACCAUUGGUGAUGCCUAUAUGGUUGCUUCAGGGCUUCCGAAACGCAAUGGCCACAGACACGCCGCCGAAAUCGCCAACAUGUCAUUGGACAUCCUCAGUUCUGUGGCAUCAUUUCGAAUGAAACACCUUCCCAGCGUGCCUAUCCGGAUUCGGAUGGGGCUGCAUACAGGUCCUUGUGCCGCAGGUGUUGUGGGCCUCACUAUGCCCCGGUACUGCCUGUUUGGGGACACGGUGAAUACAGCCUCCAGGAUAGAAUCCACUGGAUUGCCAUACAGGAUUCACAUCAGCCAAAGCACAAUGAAAACACUGAAGAGCCUGAAUGAAGGAUAUAAAAUAGAGUUCAGGGGGAAGACCGAGCUGAAGGGUAAAGGUUUAGAGGAAACAUAUUGGUUGGUAGGGAAGAAAGGCUUCACAAAGCCACUGCCACGCCCUCCCGAAAUGAGGCCAAGCCAGCCGUGGCAGAACACAGUAGCUCAAGAAAUCAAGGCUGUCUUGAGAGACUCCAAGAGAAAGUUCAUCAGCAAACCCAACAAGCAACCCUAA